CUUUUUUUUGUAUAUAAACAACCUCAAGAGACCUUGAAUGUUUCCAGCUCUCGUUGCUAUAUCCCGAUGGCUCUAUCUCCUUGAUUCAGUUGCAGGCCACUGUUCAAUCCCAGCUCUACUUUAUCAGGCUCACCCAGGUUUACCAUAAUGUCAAACACAGAUUCAAAGAGCUUUUUCAAACGAGUGGUGGGCAGGCUGUUCGCUAAAUGCAAGAUAAACAGACACCAUCCCAAGCAAAAUAAGCCCAUUCCUCCUCUUGACUUGGAGACAACAAUGGACUUUACCUCUUUGAUUGUCUCCCUAAAGAUCAUAAUCUUGCCCGAGUAUUCUAAAAUGAUCAGUGAAAUUGGGUUGAUUCAAAACAAAUUUAUCAACAACGAGUUUAAUGACGAGGAUUACAAUAACUAUAAAGAAUAUGUAACUUAUAAAGAGCUUUUAAUUAAUCUAUCUAAUUACUCAGACUCAUGCCAACACCAUUCGUUGGACAUUAUUCAGAGCCUAUAUUCAAUGCAAAUCUCUGGCAAAAAUUUCAUGAAUCAGAUUGAUUCAAUCACAAACGAGUUUUUGGCCUUGGCUAUAAGCUAUCAAAAUCUAAAAAUUGAAUAUAGCCAAUUUUUGCAAAACAAGAUUAUAAAUAAAACAAAUUCCAAAGUAGAAUUUGAUGAAUUCAGAUUAGUCUCUCUUCAAAUUUCAGAACUAUCCAAUAUUUUUGACAAACUUAAAUCAACAAUCGACAAGUAUUAAUUAUUAAUUAUUAAUCAAGAAUCAAGUGACAACAUUACUCAUUACUGCUAUUGAAUAUCUAUCCAAUUCUUACUUUUUUGUUAUUUGUUUGUUUUUUUAUUAGUUGUUUUUUUUUUUUAAUUUAUUUCUUGGCUUGUUUCUUUUCUUGUGAUCAAGAAUUCUUAUUGUACUCUAUUGGUUUUUGGUGUUUGCAACUAUUUUAUCUUUUAUAAUUUAUGUUUUAUGUCUUAUAUUUUAUGUUUUAUAUUCUAUAUUUUAUAUUCUAUAUUUUAUUUUUUUCAUUAAAUCAGAUUAAAUUUCAUUAUCAAUAAUUCAAUACCCCUUGUUUAUUAUCUCUUAAUAUACAGAUUUGAUUUGUAUUUUCUUAUUAGUAAUAUCAACUCAACUCUCCUCAGAUUGAUCCCAAAUCAUUGUGAUUAUCAUUAUCAUUAUCAUUAUCGUUAUCAU